AUGUGUCAAGAGGAAGUUGUAACACGCGUGUGAAAAAAUGGCAAUUUCUCCCAAUAUUGUUAAGAAACGCACAGAAUCUGUGAAAACAUUACGCAAUUCAAAUGUGAAGAAUAAAAAACUGCAUUCAGAUUUCAAGGCAAAGAAAUUGAGUACAAAGAAAGUAAAACAAAAUAUAAAUACAAAUAUGAAAACCAGACAGGUUAAAAACGACUUAACGAAUGAAGAACGUAAAAAUACAAAUUUAAUUAACAAGAAACUAGUUAAAAAAGGUGAAGUAAAAACGAACACACUAAAUAAAUCAGCACUUCAUCAAUUUCGAAAGAAAAACACUCAUGGAUUUAAAAAAGCAAACGUCACAAAAUUUAACGACCACGUGGAUACCAAUGAAAAAUUAAAAUUGCAACAUGAAGAAAGUACUAAAAAGAAGAAUUAUAAAAUAUUAAAUCAUGUACUUAAACGGAAACGUUCUUUAAAUGACGAUACAUUUUAUGAUAAGUAUAGUGUAUUUACUGCUCAGCGUUCAUCUAAAAAACGGAGAAAAAUAGAUAGCACUCAAGAAAGUACAGAUAUCUUAAACUUGAAUGAUUUAUCAAAAGAACACAUAUUACAGUGCAUUGGUGCUAUUUUUCAUUUAACCGAAGAACAAUUGAAAAGUAAAAGUUUAUUAUUUGAAGGGGAAUGUUAUCCAAUAUUUAUGCAAGUAACAUGUAUAAGAAUACCAAAAACACCAAGGAGACAAAUGAGAAUAUUGUUACCACAUUCAAUUGUAUCAUCAAACGAUGAAGUUGCACUUUUUGUUGGAGAUUUACAAAGAGGCAGAAGAAAAGAUUAUGAGCCAACGGUAGAACAUUAUCAAGACUUGCUACGUAAACAUAAUUGUACAAGCAUAAAUGCUGUAAUACCAAUGAAUCAAGUAAAAACAGAGUAUGAUCAAUAUGAAUUGAAAAGGAAACUUGUGGGCAGCUAUGAUCAUUUUCUUGUAGAUGGAAAAAUAGCUGGUCACUUAUCUCAUUUAUUGGGAAAAGAAUUUUACAAAAGAAGAAAAUUACCAACAUCUAUUAGGAUAUUGAGUAAAGAUUUGAAGCAUGAAAUAGAAUAUGCUUUGAGAAAGACUUCUAUGCAAUUGCAUUCUUACGGCGAUACUCAUAUAGUUCAGAUUGGGCAUACAUCCAUGACAGAAGAAGAAAUUUCGGACAAUGUACUAGCAGCGUGUAAACAUUUAUCUAAAAAUUAUCCAGGAGGCUGGGCUAAUGUCCGUUCUGUUUCUAUUAAAACAGCCCGUAGUCUUGCUCUUCCUAUUUAUGUAACACUGAAGAAUAAAAAUUCUGUUAAAAUACCAAUAGUACAGCCACCGAGACCAAAAGCAUAUCGUAAAGUAACAGACGAAUUAAGUACUUUUACUAAGGAUGUUCUUGUAACUGUUACUCCCGAAGGUGAUGUUACUCUUAAAAGAAGAAAAAAUGAGGACCAGAAGAAAAAGAAAAAAGAAUAAGAAUCAGAAGAAAGUAAAUAAAGAAAAAAUUGUAAUGUUUUUUG